AUGCAUGCGACAAAAAAAGAUUCAUUUACUGAUGAUCAAUCCGAGAUUGGCAAACAAGACAAUGUAAUAUUAAAUCCAAAUAGUACUACUUGUCAAGAUGUCGAUUCACCAGUACGAAGUUAUGCAAUCAUUGAAAGUAAUUCAAAUGAAUUAGAUCAAGUUAUUGAUGUUCUUCGAAAAUUUUUUCCAAGAACACGAAUAGUUGAAUAUAAUCAAAGUAAAAAUAAUUUGUCAAAUGUAACAAAGCCACAAAAACAAACAUCUAUUGAAUCAACAUGCAAUUCUCCUUUUUCUACAUUAUCAAAAUCAUCAUUUGAUAGUGAUACUAAUAAUGAUCAAGUAUCAUUAAAUCUAAAUGCACGAACAUUUAAAGGUAAAUUAAAGGAUUAUUUACAACGUCGUUAUCUGCAACAGCUUCGUGAACAUGAUUCUCGUAAAGAAGCUUUUACAAAAUCUCAUAGUGCUAAUGUAAAUUCAUUUGACUUCUCAUCAUCUUCGACUAUUAGCAAACCUAUCAUAACUUCUAAAUCUCAUUCAUUUGAUUUAUCAUCAGUAUCAAUGCAAGCAAAUUCUUCGUCAAUUGCACGUUCACAGAGUAAACGAGGUUUAUUACAACAUUAUUCAACUAUUGAUACAGAUGAUACAUCGAAUGAUACAGAACAAAUAAAAUCUAAUCAACAUGAUGAGGAUGAUAAUGAAUCUGCUUCCUUUCCACAAUCAUACUCUGAACAACAACAAACAAACAAUAACUGCGAUCAAUGGCGUUUACCUUUUCAACAUUUUAGUGAAUACGAAUCAGAUAUAGGAAUAUCAUCAUUUCCUAAUAAAAUCUCAUUACCCUUGACAUCUUAUUCAGCAUCAAGUGAUCCCGGUCCAUAUCAUUCUUCAUGGUAUAAUACACCGACCUCUUCCUCCAGGUUUCUGUUUCCUCAAUCUCAGGAACAACUUGCUGCUAAUGCACAAGGAAGUAUUGCUCAAUUAUCGACAUUAACACAAAUGUUAUGUGAUGAGUCAAGUCUUUUUACACCUGUUAGUUCAAGAUUCAAAACAGAAAAACAUGAUUCACUUAAUUCUAAAGAUUCAUCAUCGGUUCUACUGUGUCAUAUUUGCCGACAAGAAUUCGAUUCACGUCAAAUGUAUUUAGCUCAUUAUCGUACUCAUCUUGAAAAUUCAUGUCAAAAUGAUGUAUCAGAUAUAUUAGAUUUCGACUGCAACUAUGAUCAAUCUAGUAAUUCACGUAACUAUUCAUGUAAAAUAUGUUCGAAACAUUUUUCACGUAGUGAUAUGUUAAAUCGACAUUUUCGUUUGCAUUCUGGUACUCGUCCAUAUCGGUGUGCAAUAUGUAAUACAUAUUUUUCACGUAGUGAUCAUUUAUCCACACAUCUUCGUACACAUACUGGUGAAAAGCCCUAUACAUGUCCGCAAUGUUCAUAUACAGCAUGUCGACGAGAUAUGAUUACAAGGCAUAUAAAAACUCAUACGAAACAACGUUCAGAACGAAAACAUGCUACGUCAACUUUUGCUUCAAGUAACGAAUCUUAA